AUGGUUUCUCAGGGGAUUCAGAUAUUUGGUAUGUUGAUGGCUUUAAUUGGCUGGUUCAUGGUGAUUGUGGUGUGCGUCUUGCCCAUGUGGAAGGUCACUGCUUUCAUCGGAGCUAACAUCAUCACAGCUCAGAUCAUCUGGCAGGGCAUGUGGAUGAACUGUGUGGUGAUGAGUACAGGCCAGAUGCAGUGCAAGGUGUAUGACUCAAUGAUGGCCCUGCCCCAGGACCUGCAGGCAGCUCGUGCCAUGAUCAUCAUCUCCAUCCUGACUGGAAUAUUUGGAGUGAUCUUUUCAAUCGCUGGUGGAAAAUGUACUAAUUUCAUUGAGGAGGAGCGAUCCAAGGCGAAGGCUUGCAUCCUGGCUGGAGUUUGGUUCAUCAUCUCGGGGUUGCUUUGUCUCAUUCCAGUCUCCUGGUCUGCCAACUCCACCAUCAUCAACUUCUACAACCCGCUCGGGAUUGAACCUCAGAGACAAAGCCUCUUCACCAUGGGGAAGAUUGGCAAGGAAGUGGCAGCAUUGGUUUUAAGUAUCAUAGGCCUUAUUGGAGUGGCGGUGACUGCUGGGGUCCCCAUGUGGAGAGUAACUUCCUACAUUGGAGCCAACAUUGUGACAGGCCAGAUAGUGUGGGAUGGUCUAUGGAUGAACUGUGUGAUGCAGAGCACUGGGCAGAUGCAGUGCAAGCUGGAGUCGUCUAUUAUGACACUGACUGCUGAUCUGCAAGCCGCCCGAGCCCUGGUCAUCAUCUCCCUCGUGUUCUGCUUCGUCGGUGUCGCGAUCACCUUUUAUGGAGCCAAGUGCACCGGCUGCAUCAAAAAGGAUUCAUCAAAAGCCAAGGUGGUGAUCCUGGGUGGCAUUCUCAUCAUUAUUUCUGCUAUCCUGGUCCUGAUCCCCGUCUGCUGGUCUGCAGCUGUCACCAUCGCAGACUUUCAGAACCCAUUGGUCAUUACAACACAGAAGAGGGAACUCGGAUCCGCCAUCUACGUCGGCUGGGGCUCUGCUGCAGUUCUUCUGAUCGCUGGGAUCAUCCUAACCACAUCAUGUCCUCCUCAAGAAGCCAAGUAUGGAUAUCCAGGCUACCCACCAGCACCAAUGUACCCUUACGCAGGCCCAUUGACAAACCAGGCAACGUAUGCUCCUGUGUAUGCUCCCCCGUCCACAUACACAGGCACUGGAACAUACUUACCCGGCAAACCGUAUGGAGCACCUACCACAUACUCUGCUAGACAGUUCAUCUAAUAACUAAAAAGACGAUAAAGACUGAGAUUUCUGCCAUGAUUGCUUCAAGAACUUCUUAUGCCUUUAGGACGUGAAAUUGCACCAAAAUACACAUAGUUUUCCCUAGAGGAUGUUAUGUGUUCAUAUACAAUGUUGGGAUUUAAAUUUAUUCACUCAAAAAUCACUGUGACCUUUUAUUAUUAAAAAUCUUUCAUUAAAUGUUUUCUCAUUUGGAUUGAUUUUGAGCUCUAAAAUACUUAAUGACGUCUUGAA